AUGGCUGGACAACAGGCCUCUACCGGAAAGGUGCAUGCACUGAUUGACUACGAAGAUCGCUAUGUUCAACCCUUGAUUUUGGCCGCCAUCAAGGCUCGCAUGCCCGCCGAUGCCCUGGUCUUGAUGCAAAGUAUUUCGGAAGCACCAUCAAAUGCCAAAUUGCUGCAAUGGAAACAGUACGAAUCAUUGGAUCUGGACCAUGUGAUGGAAAACUCUCGAACCAGUUUGAUGAAUUCCUAUAUCAUCAGGAAAGCUUUGAUCAGAAAGCAUUAUCUGUCUACUACAGUCUCUCAUUGGUUGACCAAGAACCCUGAUUCUUGCCUGCGACAGAAUGUCAAGCCCAGUGUUGAGUUUGAACUUGACUUUGCGGAAUUCCUCGAUGAUGCUUUAGUCGAGGCUUUUGAGCUGAGAGAAAGCUUCGAGCAGAACGAAGCACUGGAAGAUUCGGAAAAACAAUGGUGGAUCCUGAAACCCGGAAUGAGUGAUCGUGGACAAGGAAUUCGUCUGUUCAACUCAGAAGAAGACUUGACUGCAAUCUUCGAGUCAUGGGAGGAAGAAAGCGACGACGAGGAAGCCGAACACUCUGGAGAUGAAGAAGAGCGAAAGAUCGACGACGAAGAGGACCAAGGCAAUGGCGUGAUCACAUCGCAACUCCGCCAUUUCAUUGCACAACCAUACAUUCACCCGCCGCUAUUGCUUCCUGCUCCUUUCGCUUCUGCAGAUCGCAAGUUCCACAUUCGCACCUACGUUCUCGCAGUAGGGGCUUUGAAGGUCUUUGUCUACAAGCCAAUGCUUGCUCUGUUCGCUGGAAAGACCUACACUGCACCAUGGCAAAGCGAGGAUCCCAACGAAGAACUGGCAAGUCAUCUCACGAACACCUGUAUGCAGACUGGUGAGCGUGAAGGCAGUGUACAUGCUUUCUGGUCCCUGCCCGACAACGUUCAUGGCCUGCCAUCUAGCUGGAAGCAGAACACUUUCGACCAGAUUUGCAAGAUCACCGGUGAAGUGUUUGAAGGAGCCGCUAGGGGUAUGAUGGUCCACUUCCAACCUUUGCCCAAUGCUUUUGAGCUAUUUGGUGUCGACUUCAUGCUGGAUGCAGAAGGAACUCCAUACCUACUCGAGAUCAAUGCUUUCCCUGAUUUUGCCCAGACCGGAGACGAGCUUAACAGCAUCGUACAAGGACUCUUCGAGGAGGUCGUCGAUGUUGCUAUCAAACCCUUCUUCGGUUUGUCAACAGAAGAGGAACAGACAUCGCAGAGAGAACGCAUGGCUUUGGCACUGGAUAUUGAUUUGGGAAGGAACUAA